CCCACUCGGGAUUUACCUUCUCAUCGAGACUGAGUCGGAUAUAGCUAUAAUAUCAUAUCGCUCUAAACACUUGUAAUGUAACGACGUAACAACUUUUUUUUUACGUAUUUACGAAAAAAAAUUAAUUAACAAACCGUUUUGUUUCUAGUCUAACUUUUUAUUUUUAAGUGUGAGUUUUGAGUAAAUAUUACUUGUUCAUAAUUAUUAAUAUAUCAUGUCUCUUUGGUGGAUUAAAUUUUUCAAGAUUAUCAUCAUCCAAGGACUCAUUGGAAUUGUCAGAUCUGACGCAGAAAUAAAACUAUUGCACGUGCUUUUUCGACAUGGUGAUAAAGUGCCUCAUAAAGAGUUUCAAAACUACCCAACAGACCCACAUGGAAAUCAUUCAUAUUACCCCAUGGAUAGCGGAGACCUAACAAACGAAGGAAAAUUACGAGAAUAUAAAAUCGGGGAAGUUCUGCGAGAAAAAUAUGGCAGGUUUUUAGGGCCAUAUUACCAGCCUAGUUUGAUUUUUGGCCGUUCGACGGACGUUCCUAGAACUCAGAUGUCCUUAGAACUUGUUCUCGCAGGAUUAUUUCCUCCAACUGGUGAACAAAUUUGGAAUCCACAUUUGCCCUGGAUUCCCGUGUCAACCGUUUCUGUACCAAAUGAACAAGACAGUUUGCUUUUCCCACAUCACUGCCCGGAGUACGUCAAAGAGUACAAAAAUUUUUUGGAACAAGACAUUACGAAAAAUAUGAUAAACAAACAUAAAGAAGUGAUGAAAUAUUUAACUGAUAAUACUGGCAAACAGGUUGACCAAACUUCUGCGGUUUACUAUUUGUAUAAUUUAUUUAAUGAACAGAUUGCACAAAAUUUAACGUUACCAGAAUGGACAAAAAAUGUAUAUCCAAAUUCUAUGAAAGAAAUAACAGAAUUGGAUUUUAAUCUCAGAUCAUAUACAAAUAAAUUAAAGCGUUUAAAUGGAGGCAUUUUACUGCACGAGAUAACAGAAGGAAUGAAAGCAUUGAGAGAUGGAGUAUUACAACCACAUGAGAGAAAAGCUUUUUUUUAUUCAGCUCAUGAGUUGAAUGUAGCUGCUGCAGCCAGAGCGCUCGGUACUAAUGAUCCAAUAUUACCAUUGUAUGGUUCCACUAUCAUAUUUGAGACUCUCAAAGAUGAGCAUAACAAUUAUUUUAUUAAAGUACAAUUAUGGACUGGAGUAACGGAACAAUUUAUUACGCAAACGAUACCAGGAUGCACUGAACUUUGUCCACUUGAUCAGUUUUUGGAACUUCUCCGUGAUGUUAUCGCUACAGAUGAAGAAGCAGAUUGUUAUGGUUUGAAAAAAAAUGAAAAAAAAAAUCUCAAAGAAUCCAAAGCUUCAUCGAGCAGCAGAUGUAAUUUUAACGCAACUAAUAUAUUUAUUUUCCUGGUUUCGUUCUCGUUAAAAUUCUUUAAUAUUUUAAUUUAAAACUACAAAUAAACAUUUUUAAUCAAAGGAUGUAUAGUCGACCCGUUAUAAGCUUCUUCCCCUAAAUCAGUAGUUACUGAGUCCGAAAACUGGAAGUUUUUUCAGUCCUAAUAAAAUUUUUGUCUUCAAUUUAUAGUGCAAAAUAUUUCUUGGUCCAAGAAAAAUUUUUUUUUUUGUCCAGGUUCAAAAUUUCUGAUACAAUUAAAAAGUUUUAUUGAGCAUUAUGUUCGUCAAUAAAAUUAUUAUCAUUAGUGUAAUUAAACAGCAGAAAAAUCAGCAGUCGCGUCUGUAAUAAAACGUCGAUAUGACGUUCAAAAUCAUGGAAAAUAAAAGCGGCUUAUAACGGGUAGUCGAUAACAAAACUAAGCGCACGUUAGUGGGGAACCUGAAAUUACAAGCGAAAAUUUCCCCUACAUUCCCUAGAACAAGCUUAUGACGGAUAGUCGACGGUAGUAAAAAUAUUCGAGUGGGAUGAACAGAUAAAUGAAAUUAUUGAACGUCAGAGUUAAGUAGCAAAGCAUAUAUUUAAAGCUAAUCGAUAAGUCUAUUCCUCUUGAGGCGAAAGGUUCAAACACCUUGUUUAACCUGAUAAUAUCGAACUUUAAAUUACCUUGUUAUAUAAAUGUAAAAUAAGAAAAAAGUCAUUUCUUUAUCAAUUUAAUUAUUAAAAAAUAAUUUUUAUUUUUAUAAGCUGAUAAAAAAUUAAACGAAGACCGUAAAUUUACAAUCAACAGGUGAGGAAAACAUUUAGGCACCAGUUGUUUUGAAACAAUGAAUUAUUUUUCGCGGCUGGUGAAUGCUGACAUUAUGUGCUCUAUGUCUUUUGGGCUUGGCCAGGCGACAAAAGUCAAGAGUAGAAAACCAAGCCUUGUUCUUGUACUGGUGAAUGCUUAGUUCCCUUAAGAAUAGACCAGCUUGCAUCAGCGAGUGUGAAAAGGCAUAUUCCAAUUCAUGAAUGUCUGAAGUAGCUAAAAAUAAAAAACAAAUAUUAUAUAUAUAUUUUUUAAGUCUUUUUAUUUUAAUCCAUAAAUUUUAUGUUAAAAAUUACUAUUUUUUUUUGUAAAGCUUUUGUAUCGAAGAGUUAAAUAAAAUACAUUAAUAUAUUCAUAACUAGCU